AUGGGUGCCAAAAUGACCAAAGAAGACGGGCUAAGUACUGCAUCAAUCCAGAGGAUGUACGCAGCUCGAGCUAUCGCGGCAAAGAGGGCAUACGAGCACAAAUUCAGAAUGCCAAGUCUAAAGAGCGACCACCCUGCACCCCCCCACACAGAUGAUAAGGACCCAAAGGAUAAAGAAGACUCCACUGUCGAAGCAGACGAGAAGGCAACAAGCGAUAGCUCUUCCACGUCCCCCAACGCCCCGCCAGAGACCGAACGCCCCACAAGACCCAACACUUCUCUGGCAAGCAGAACCGUUGCAGAGGCCAUCCGAAACACCGCAGGUACCCCCAUCACUAUGAAAGUCGCUCUCGCAAGCUACCACCUCGCAAACGCCAUCCGUGCCUUCGGUCGAAAAGCCAGUUGCGCAUUCGACAGAGCCAUCGAAGCUCUGCGCCAGAUCGACAUCAUCGACGUCGCAAAGGCAGCCACCAAAUGGAUGAAAGAGCAUCCUUGGGAGACGGCCGCGAUUCUCGUUCCGCUCAUCCUCCUCGCCUGCACUCCGGCAUUCCUGAGCAUCGCUGGUUUCACGGCUGGCGGUAUUGCUGCUGGAAGCAUUGCAGCAGGCGUCCAUGCAGGCAUCGGAAGUGUUGCAGCCGGUUCGACAUUCGCAAUCCUCACGAGCGCUGCGAUGGGCGGGUAUGGUGUGCCGAUCGUAUUUGGUGGCGUCUGGGCUAUAAGCACUGCGGUCAUGGGCGGAAUCGCGGCUUGGAAGAGAUGGCGAGGUGGAGGUAGCGGUGGCGGUAGCGGUGGCAGACUUCUCAUCGGGGGACACAACGGCGAUGGCGGAGAUGGUGGUGGCAGCGAUUCUGACGAUGACUCGAUCCCAGUCAAGAACGGCAACCCGAGUGGAGGUGGUGGUGACUGCGGCGAGACUGCUGCUGUUUACAAGCAUGCAGCAGUCAAGAAGGAACUGAUCAAACAGGACUGA